AUGGACACAGAAGGCUUAUCCAAAAUCUGCAGCGGCCUUGGAUCCAUUGAAGAAGACGACGACAGACACCGAACCGGUUACUCAAAAGGCGAAUACUGUCUCGAUAACCUGAAAGACUUGCUGAGGUUUUUGAGACGUGAUGAUCCGGAAACACGAAAUGUCUUCAAGCAAGUGUGCAAAUGGAACGUCGUUUCUAAGGAUUUGGUACCGAUCAUCGAGCAUUACCACGAAGAUCGUAGCAUGCUUCUGAAUGCAGUGAAGGUUUUGGUGUUCCUUACAAUGCCGAUUGAGCCUGGUUCUACUGAUAUACCUCAGCAGUUGGAGUAUUUGUGGGAUCUGAAGUCUGCUGUGACUAACAGUGAUGUUGCUACAAUGAUAGUGUCCAUUUUAGAAAAGCCACUUGAGAAUUUGGAACUUAAUAAAUUCACAGAAGAUGAUUGGAAAUUGGUUUCCGAGAAUUCAUUUCAAGUAUUCAUACUCGCAUAG